UUGCUGCUGAACGAUCAUGCUUGGCACACGGCGUCGUCCGGCCGUGCGCAAAAUAAUCGCAGUCUAGAUUCUAGUUGAACAUCUGUCUGCACCAUUUCAUGAUUGAAGCUGAGGCGAAAUGUUGAAAUUACUUUACUUGGAACAGAUUUUCUCAAACAAGAUUUAAAGGACCUUAAAUUAAAAUGGAGGGGAAUAUUUUAUCUUCACCUGUGGCACUCGUUGAAUUCGCAGCAGACGAUCAGAUGCCCCAACUACAAGAAGAUUACUACGCAUCCGACGCUGAUGGCUCAUUCUUAAAAUCACGCCUUGUUUUAAAUGAGGAAGAAAACAUGCAAUUUGAAGGCCAAAAGCGUCGUGUUUCAAGAUUGUCCGCAGGAACCAAUAAUCAACAUUAUGAUCCAAUUGAUGUGGCAACUGUUAUUACGACCAAUGGUUCUGGUAACAUUCAAAUAAGGGGGGAUAAUGAACUUGAAAGCAGCGACGAUGACCCAAUUGAAAUCGCCACGGGAAAUGGAUCUGUUGUCCCCGACGGUCUCGGGAGAGAUGAGGACAGCUAUCCGAACCGACACUGCCACUCGGCUAUGCGGGACACAAGUAACUCACGGGCACAAAAACAGUUGAUAAUUGCUUGUUGUGUCAGUGUCAUGUUUAUGAUAGCAGAAGUGGUUGGGGGUUCAUUUGCCAAUAGUUUGGCUAUUAUGACUGAUGCUGCCCAUCUUCUAAGUGACUUUGCAAGUUUCCUUAUCAGCAUCUUUGCCCUGUGGGUUGCCAAGAGACCAGCUACAACAAGGAUGUCAUUUGGCUACUAUAGAGCAGAGGUCCUUGGUGCCGUAAUAAGCGUGCUUAUAAUCUGGAUUGUGACUGGAAUUCUGUGCUAUCUGGCUGUCAUGAGGAUUAUCAACAAUGAAUAUAAAAUAGAACCCAAUAUUAUGCUUAUUACUUCUGGAAUAGGAGUGGGCAUCAAUAUUAUAUUAAUCAUCAUUUUGCAGGCAGGUGGAGGCCACCUACACAGUCAUGGGGGUGGGGGAGGCCAUCAGCAUCUGGUGGAGGAGGAUGUAGAAGGGGGCAAAAACAGCAAACAUGAUAAAAAGAAUAUCAAUGUUAGAGCAGCUUUUAUCCAUGUUAUUGGUGAUCUCAUUCAGAGUAUUGGUGUCUUAAUAGCAGCUGGUAUCAUCAAAGCAAAUUCUGACUGGAAGAUUGCGGAUCCUAUCUGUACAUUUUUGUUUUCCAUCUUAGUACUCAUCACAACUCUUACUGUAUUAAGAGAUGCUCUCAAUGUUUUAAUGGAAGGUGUACCCAGACACAUCAAUUAUCCAACUCUUAAGAAUGAUUUAGAUACAUUACCGGGGGUCAAAUUUGCUCAUAGUCUUCAUGUAUGGAGCUUGACAACAUCCAAAGCAGCAAUAGCAGUACAUCUAGCAAAAGCUGAAGAUGCAGAUAGCGAAGAAGUUUUACAGGAAGCAUCCAAGAUGAUACAAAAGAAAUAUGGAAUACACUUCAUGACCAUCCAAGUAGAAAGGUACCAACAUGAGGCCAUGACCAACUGUGCAAGAUGCUCAGAACUGUGAUGGUGACCUUUUGACAUUCCAACGAGGAAGCAAUCAGAAUAAAUCCAAAGGUCCUUCCAUUCACUAAACUUACAGUAUUUGUCUUUGUUGUGAACCUUGGUAUAAUUUAACCAUGGUCAGGUUAUGGACAGCCAAACCUCUUGAAACUUUCCUGCAUUCCUCUUUCAGGAAGCAUUGAAGAUGAUCACUAUUUUAGUAGUCACUCAGGUUUCUGAUAUACACAGUAUGCCAGACACAGGGCCUUGUCCAAAGGCUACACAAAAUGUUGCAGAGCAUUGUGUGGAUAACCGUCAGGUAAACUGAUGCUUGUUGAUUCUAAUGCAGGUUUUAAGAACAACUUAAUGCUGAUAUCGUUUAAUGUCUUGAUUUUGAAGUUAGAGAGUACAUCCGCCAUGUUUUGAUGAGACAUAGCUCAGGAAGUCCAUUGUUGUAAAGUGAUCCAAUUCGAAGCAUCAUUCAGCACUUUCAGAUGUGGCAGUGCUUAAGAAUAUUACGUGAAGAUGUAUCAAAAAAAUGAUUUUGGUUCUCUUAUAUAGAAGACGCAGCUUAACUGGAA